AUGAAGACGUCCAGAUCACUGAAAAAUGAAUUUAGAAAGGGAAAAGAGAAGCUACAAGAUGGCACCUGUAUGAACUGCACAGCGACCAGACUUUCCAGCCAAAAAUUCACCAUCUCAUCACCACUAUCGGCACUGGGCCCGUCUCGCCUUUCCUCAGACAGCUCCUUACAGCCCCCCUGUCCCAGCUUGGACUCUCAGCUCUACUGUGCUCCUUUAUACCCCCAACUUGCUGCCACCUCUCCCCCAUGGACUAUUGCUCGGACACAGGACAUCUGCGGAGUGCGAUGGGUCCACACUUCCUGCAGGAGGUGGGACGACUCGAAAGUGGAAAAGUCUCUCCGAUCUCUAAAAGAGAAGAAAAAGUUAGAAGAAGGAGGCCCCGUGUACAGUCCCACUUUGGACUCAGAACCAGUCAGACGGACGCUAAGACAGAGGGUGAUCGAUGAGGUGAAACAUUAUUAUCAUGGAUUCAGGCUGCUGUGGGUGGACACCACUAUCGCAGGACGCAUGCUGUGGACUGUGCUGAACGGACACCCACUGUCCCGCAGAGAGAGGAGACAGUUUCUCAGAACAUGUGCGGACGUCUUCAGGCUGCUCCCCUUCCUGGUUUUCAUCAUCGUUCCUUUUAUGGAGUUCCUGCUUCCUGUAGCUCUCAAACUCUUCCCUAACAUGCUGCCGUCCACCUUCGAGACACAGUCCAAGAAGGAGGAGAGGUUGAAGAAGGAGCUCAGAGUGAAACUGGAGAUGGCCAAGUUCUUACAGGAUACCAUUGAGGAAAUCGCUCUGAGGAAUAAGGUGUCCCAAGGUGACGUGACUGAGGAGUUCUCCACGUUUUUCCAGAAGAUCCGUGACUCUGGUGAGCGUCCCAGUAAUGAGCAGAUCAUCCGUUUCUCCAAACUCUUUGAGGACGAGCUUACGCUGGACAAUCUGACCCGGCCUCAGCUCGUGGCCCUCUGCCGUCUGCUGGAGCUGCAGUCUAUGGGCACAAACAACUUCCUCCGUUUUCAACUCAUUAUGAAACUCAGGUCGAUACGUGCUGAUGAUAAGAUGAUUGCAGAGGAGGGAGUGGCGAGUCUGAACGUGAAUGAAGUCCAAGCGGCGUGUCGUGUCCGAGGCAUGAGGUCUUUAGGGGUCACAGAGGACAGACUGAGGGAGCAGCUUGUCCAGUGGCUGGAGUUGCACUUGAACCAGCAGAUUCCUACAUCUUUGUUGCUGUUGUCACGGGCCAUGUACCUCCCCGACACACUGUCACCAGCAGAUCAGCUGAAGACAACUCUACAGACUCUUCCAGAGACUGUGAAAAAGGAGGCACAGUUAAUGGCGGCAGAGAUGGAGCUUUCUAAAGUGGACAAUAAAACCAAAGUGGAGACCACGCUGAAAGAGCAGGCGGCCAUUCGUCAAGACAACAAAGAGCGGCAGAUGGAAAGAAUCGCAGAUGCAGCAGAGAAGGCUGACCUUUCUGCUCGUUCAGAGAUCCUACGCGACACUGCUCCUGUUGUCGAAGGACUGAAGGACGAAGAAAUCACUAAAGAGGAGAUUGACCUCCUGAGUGACGCCUGCUCGAAGUUGAAGGAGCAGAAGCGGUUGUUGACUCUGGAAAAAGAAGAGCUGGAGGAUCUAAAAGAUGAUGUUCAAGAAUACAAUGAGGAUCUGGAGGAGAUAAAGAAGGAGCUCUCUAAGACUGGACAGGAGAAAGCGGUGGAGGAGUCCAAGGCCAGUCAGCGUCUGUCCAAGAGAGUGAACCGAAUGAUCGGCAGAAUUGGCAAAAUCAUCGGAGAACUGGAGAAGGACAAGGUCAUCCUGGACGAACAGAUGGACACAGGCUCCGUUCCUCCAAUCGGAUUGUUCCUCACUAAAUAUAGUGAUGCUACCAGUCUGUUCUACACCUUCAGGGAGAACCUGGUGAGCAUCGACGAGCUGAUCGGAGUCAUGAGGCAGAUCCAGAACAUCCCCGAGCACAAGCUGCAGAGCAUCGCAGACGCUCUGGAUGACAACAAGGACGGGAAGAUCGACAUCGACGACGUCAUCAAGGUGGUGGAGCUGAUCGACAAAGAGGACAUCGACAUCUCCACGUCGCAGGUGGCUGACAUCAUGGUGAUGCUGCAGAAGGAGGAGAAGCUCUUGGAAAAGGAGAAGGCCAAAGACAAGAUGGAGAAGGAGAAAGCCGUGAACUGCAACGCCUGA